AUGGGCAACGUCCUACAUCCACAUCCCGCUGUGCCAGCGGCUACAGACACGCAGGGGGCCGCUAGCGAGGACUUCAUGCCGGCCGACGACGCUGCUCCGAGCUCUGCGAACGAAGUUGCUAGGAGCGGUGCCACUGCGGCGGAUUUCCGCCCCUGGAGCCACAGCCUGGAGCACGAGCCACAGAGAUCGCUCCGCUUCGCCGUGGGGACCCAGGUGAUCUACAACAGUGGUAGCACCUGGGAGCCCGGGGAGAUAGUGGGCCACUGGUACCAUCCGCGCGGUUUCGCACCAGAUUUCCGGGCUCCAUACAAGCUUCUGUUGGCGUCGGGUCGACUCACGUUUGUGCCCGACGAUGUGGAAGAGUUGUGCCGUGCGCGGCCGCUCACGUCGCCCGCCGUCAAAGCACCGAGGUGUCGCAUCAGCGACUUGCACAAGCCAGCAACGUGGUGGGAGAAUGCUCUCGUGGGUAGCAGCAGCAUGGUCGUGGACAACCCUGGCGAGGACAUCGACCAGCGAAACUACAUGGGAGUCACGGCGCUCUCGGAGUGUGCUUGCGCGGAUGCGCAAGGGCUUGCCCAGACGCUCUUGGAUCUGGGCGCCGAUCCGAAUUCUUUGGACAUUACGGGCCGCGGCCCGCUUCACCACGCUGUCGCCAGCGGGCGUGCUACGCCCGAGCAGGCUGACGGGACGGUCAGGGUGCUCCUUGAGGCGCGGGCGGACCCCAACGCCCAGGACACCGAUUUCGAGAACGACUUCUCAAGCAAGACGUUCAAGGAGCGCAAGCGCCAUCGGACGGCGCUGCACUACUGUGCAGAGCACGGCUACGUGUCUGCAGCAGGGUCGCUCCUGGGGGCAGCGGCGGACCCGAACAUCCUUGAUGGCCAGUACAAGCUGGCCCUGCACAUUGCAGUGGACGAGCCUUCGCGCGACAUGGUUGCUCUGUUGCUUGCCAACAGGUCCGACCCCGACAUGGGAAACACAGAAAUAGGCUUGACCUCGUCGUACUUGAUGGUCGCUGCCCGCAACGGUGACGAAUGGCUGGCGCGGGCUCUGAUCGGCUCGAAUGCGAAGGUCAACCAGGUCGAUAAGAAGCAGGGGAUGACCCCGCUCCACCUGGCCGUGAGGAGCCGGAAGGAGGGAGUGGCCAGGCUCUUGAUCGAGGCGCGCGCCGACGCGAGCAUCAAGGCCAUGGGCAAGACCGCUGCGGAGAUGGCCGCCGCAAACGGGCAGGCGGCGCUGGCGGCGCUGCUGGAUGCGCCAGGGCCGAUGGGGUCAGCCUACCCAGUUGAAAUCUGA